CGGAUCCAUUUUUUUGCAGAUAGCCGACAGCAUGUCUAAGAAGAAGCGAGCAGAAGACAUCUUGGCCCUGCAGAAGUUGAAGCUCCAGUCCAUACAGAGGGAGAGAGAGGCCCUGCUGUAUGCUGUACAGGACAAGCAAGAUGAACUGACUGAUGUGAGGAAAGUCCUGCGGCAGGACAGGAGGGCCAGAGAGGAUCUGGUUAUGGAUAGAUUGAAUGGAAGGGCCUUACAAGGAGAGCUAAACAACCUGUAUGGACCAGAGGCUGCACCCAGAGCUGUCAGGCAGUAUGCACCCAGCACUGCCCACUCAGACACAGGUAGAGAACCAACACCACUCCUGGAUGAUAUCUUGAGCAGAAGAAGACAGCAACACAGAAACAAACAGACGGAACAGGAGGUGGAGUUGCAGAGGCUGAUUGAUGAGAAGCAGAGCAUUCUGGACCGGCUGGAGCAGCAGAAGAGGAGGCCAGGAGACGAGUGGGACACUACUGGUGAAGACAGCAGACGCUUCCCCUCCCGUCACAGUACCCAGAGUGCACAGAGCAUCGGGUCCCUCGUCAGGCACACCAGGGACAACCUGCCAGCCAUGUCUGCUGAUGUCAGAGCUCUCAGAGACUACAUGGAGAACAAAUACCUCAGGAAGAGCCGUCCUUACAACGGAGAGUUGGGAUCAGCGUCGUAUGAACCAUGGCAGAUGAAGGACUUCUUCAUGGUGCGGGACAUUGUUGAGGAACUUGUAGAUGUUGCUCUGGACCAGUUCUUUAGAAGAAAGGACCCUGAUGUCCUGUUGGACACUUACGAACAACUGUAUGAACUGGACAAGAAGGAUUUAGAGAACUCAGUCAUGGCAGUAUCCCGCAGGAGGGCAGCUAUACUCAUCGCAGAGGAGUUCAUCAUAGAGGUUACACGGGAGAUGACAAGAGAUACAGCAGAGGAGCUUCGGCACAUCCACGAGAUGUCACGCGCGAUGGGCCAGGAUCUUGUCAUAAACUCAACAGAGAAUGUCACAACUGGUAUCACUGAAGGUCGUGACCCUGAAGACCCGGCCUAUGACCUCGUGACCCGGGGAGUCACUCACAUGACUAGCGAAAGAAAGAGACUCAGGAAGGAACAGUGGAAUCACACCCAGCAUCUCCACAUGCUGGGAGAGACUGUGGCAGAGGAUGAUGAAAGCCCAGAGGAGGGAGACAUCACGACCCUGAACUACCUUCACCUGCUCCCCAUGGACCUGAGAGAGUCGGAUCAGUUACAAGACGUCUUCCAGAACUACAGCCAACAGGAGGCACAGCACUUCAGGAAGAUGGUGCCAGACGUUCUGGUCACCUUCAAAAUCAGUAAAAGGAUGCAGGGUAUCUCCAGUGCUGCCCUGUCCCCAGACCAGAGACUUCUAGCCUUGGGAAGUGUACAUGGUGACAUCAUGGUGUAUGAUGUGUGGAUGGAGCCUGCACCCCGGCCUGUCAGGGAAAUCAGGAACGAGGGAACGUCAGACGAUGAGGUGUUGUACAUCUGCUGGAGUCUGGAUGGGACCAGGAUCAUCACAAUUAACGAGACAGGUGUCUUACUGGUCUGGUCCAUUCAGUCCGGAGGGGUGCACAAAGAAGACAUUAAAGCUCUCGGCCUUGAGAAGGACAGCGAUGGAGUGUUCCCGGCGGAGCUGACCCAGCUGCUGGUCAUGGACGUGGAUGAAGAUGACUUCAACUUCACGGAGGGGCCGUUCUUCGAGAACCAGGUCCAGACAGGAAGGUUUGCUCCCACGGCGGCGGCCUUUCAUCCGUCUACAACUCUUUUUGGAUCACAGAGUGACCUGGUUAUUUGUCUGGAGAACGGAGAUCUCCUGAAGUGUGAUGCAGAAAAACUGAUGCUGGGAGACACCAAGAUCAACAAGCUGACAACACCGAGGGUGGUUAAUGAGAAGAUCCAGACGGGUGAGUGGAACAGUUUAGCUAACGGGAUGGAGGCGGAACUCCUGCGCGCUCACCAGUCCCCGGUCAUGCUGAUGGGGAACAUACACAACAACGGAGACCUGGUCACCGUGGAUACCAAGGGCUACAUCUUCCACUGGAAGUACAAGAGGAGACAUAUCAGCAGCUAUGACUGGUUCGUACCCUUCAAGAAGUACCGUUUGGAAACCGCUGAGAGGACGUUCACCCCAACCUCCAACAUCCAGCCCAAAAUCAUCUACACCGACGUUCAGAACAAACAGAAGCAGGAAAAGAGUCGCCAGGAUCUCGCAAAGGAGAGAGACAAAGCAGAAGAUGACAUCGCUUUACUGGGAUUGGAGGACCCUUGGCAUCGAGACUACUUUCCAGGGAAAGACCUUGUUACAACCAUCUACAAGCCCACAUCCUAUGUUUUUGUCCCCUACCAGACGACCAUCUACAAGCCCACCGAUGUGACCCAGGCGGGAGCGCUGUUCCACAUUGUGUCCAGGCACAAGUCCACCGGACAGCUGUCCACAUACAUGACCAGGAUAUACAAGCCGAAAAAGCUCCCUGCAAGCCGCAUUCUCAGCUGCAGGUUCAACACCACCGGGACAGAGAUCUUCUUCAUGCUCUUGUACCCGGAGCACCCUCCCAAGCCUCCCCACGUGACCUUUGUCAGUGUUGAUGUGGUUACCAUGGAGAUGACGAGACUCAGGAUCGAUCACAACCUCACGGACACGGAGUUCGAACGCUGUGUUGAAGGGAAUGCAGCAUACUUUGAUGUGACGCGUCCCCACGACGUGACAGGCUCAGAGUACAUCAUUGCAGUGAUUUGUGGCACUGUGGUAGGGUACUCUGUGAACACUGGCAGCUACAUCCUGGGUACAAGCCAGGACUCCACUGGCUGCAGGCUCAACCCAAAGGAAAUCAACUGGCCUUCUGGGACAAACAUCAGGGUUGCAGAUGUCCACGGCAGGUUCAUGAUCCUGUCCUACAUGAAGAAACAGCACUUUGUGUCUGUCCUGAAGCUGCAGGACAAAAACUCAGGCAGCGCCAGACAGGAGAUGUGGGAGGCCUACAAGCUCUGGUCCGAUGUGUACCAGCCCCAGCGGUGGCGCCAGGAGCAGACCAUGCGGCACCAGCGCUGGGCACUGUCGGGGCGCACGUACGUCGAUGCAGAACUGUACGUGAGACAUCUUCUGUACGAGAUGAUGGACCGCGCCAUUCAGCAGCAGGACGGAAAGUACCACCCUGACGAGGUCACCGCGUACAAGAAGGAAGACAAGAGAACCCUCCAGGAGAUGAUCCUUGGAGUGCAGUUCCCAAGGUCAGCAUCCGUCUCCCCUGCCCCCACCAGACAAACAUCCCGUCUUCCCACGGCGGGGUCAAAGGUCAGCACGCAGCCAAUCAGCAAGGCCCCUUCUCGACAGCCCACCCAGUCCAAGUCUGGGGGGUCAAAACAACCCAGCGGAACUGGUGGAAACUCCAGGCAAGCUACAAGCGGAGGGCAAUCCCAGUCUGGAGGAAACACAGGGAAUUCAAGAAGGACAUCGCAGAGAUAGUAGUGUGUACAUCUUGUAAAUAGCAUCCUCAAGGAAAAGUUUUAAGACUUAGGGCUGUUUCCAGCUUAAAUUUUUUUUCCGUCCCACGCUUUGUUUGGGAGCCCAUGUUGAUUUUCCUGGUUGAAUAUGUCAUUCCAAGCUUAUGGAAGUACAUUUUCAACGGUUUUAAUUCUAAUGUUAUUUUUGGGACAGAUAAGGUAAAAUUAUUUUCUGUCCCAACAAGCAAAUUUCCAUCCCAGAACAGAGGGACGGGUCCCGGAGACAGCCCUGGUUGACAGAUUCCUCCUAUGGGCUUUCAACAUUCUGAUUUGUCAUGGUCUUCUCUUAUCUCUUCCAUGUUCUAAAGAACAUAUCAAGAAAAUUACAGGGUAUCCAAAUGACUCAGUCUGUAUAUAUUUUACUGUGCAUGUAAAUUGUGGAGUCGGUCUACUAAAUGUUGCAGUGACUUAUAGUGUAUUUUCUAGUGUAUGUUUCAUAUUGAGUACAUAUUGAGUUAGCAGCCCAAGAGUUACUUUGUGCAUGUAAAUAUGAAGUAUAUCAAUAU